GUUGGCGACUCGGGGAAAGAUUCUCGAGUACACGCGAGCCUGCGCGAUACAGUUUAUUUGAACUGGGGAUCCACGAAGUGGGGAGACAUAGCUCGGCGUUAGCGCACCGCCGCGUCUCUGCGGUUUGCGAGCUUUAGUCGCGCGAUCUCGUCCGAAGUGUCGGGGCGCUUCUCGUCGAGCUCCUCUCGCAACCUGCGACCGGUCGAUCGAUGGGUCGAUCGUGGCGUAUACAUCUCACCUUCCGAGAACAGCCGAGCGAUCCACCGAAGAUCUCCGUCGGUCCGCGUGUCGAAAAUUUGCGCGCCGCUCGAUCGCGCAUUCGAAUCGCGAGGGAAUUUAAACUUAGCUGGGCCCGUAUCUCUCUGAAUAUCUCGUUUCGAAAUUGGCGAUGUUAUUUAUUUGAUCUCUAAUAAGAAUACGAGUUCUUUAUAUCGCGUGACCUCGACAUGUGCGUCGGUCCUGUUUGCACGCGUGAGUGAAACAAAUGAACGCUUUUGAUGGAUACGACGGAGCUUUGUAAGUUUUCGAUGAUCGACGAGACGGAAAGCGACAUUUCGCAAGUAGCAGAGCGUGCCGCCUUGCAAUUCCGCCCACGUUUCUCUGCGACAUAGAGCCAGCCGCUCAUCUGAAAGACAAACACCAGUGGCGACACACUGGUAUGCCACGGAAGAUAAUCAUCGUCAUAAAUUCAUCAUCAUCACCAUCAUCGUCAAGGCGUCCGAAACGAUUAUGCAAUCACUCAUUUUCGUGUUAAAUAUCGGUGUCUUAUUCUCAUCAAGCAUGCGGACAGAAAGUAAUUCAUCUGAUUUCUGACAUUUGCAAAAUACAAAAAAUUUCGACAACGUGGAACACGCGUACAUUUCGUCACGCAAAUUGUGAUAAAAUGUAAAAGAAACAAAGAACAAAAAAAAAGACAAAGAAGCGAAGGUGUGUUUGGUGCGAAGUACUGUGAGAGAUACUGUGUCGCGAUGUCGUCGACUGGUGAAUUUUCGACGUUGUCGAGCGGCGAGGCCACCGGAACUGGCGAGGACUCGUUGCCGAGCUCGAGAGAGGCGACCGCCGAGGCCGCGGGUUCCGGCGGUGGUUUCAUGCCGCUGCGUGAGUUCCUGGACAGAUUCUCACUGCCAAGGGUAGUCAGGGUCGAAGGUGCCGGUGGAAGGCCGAUACUGCUGUACAAGCAACAACAAAAAUCGCUUAGAGUCACGGCCACGCUACUGAUGCAUCGUUACCGCCAUGACGUCAAAGUGGGACCGGAAAUAGUCAUCCCGGAAGGCUAUCCCGAUAUCACAUUGAAUGCAAAAACGCGAUGAUGAUGUGACAUCAUGAUGUAGCAAGGACCGUUCGACAAAUAUUACUCAACGCGCGGGAAUACGUAGACGCAGCCUCAUGUAAUCUGCAUAGGAACGUUUCAAUUUUCUCGGGUGCGGCGUCGUAUCCACACACGCUGCAUCUGCCACACCGACAACAACGAUUUCUCACGGCCGUAAUCGCGCUCGCGAGCGUGUUAGCGUGCUCUCUCUCGGCGCCGGUUCAUAGCUCUCGCUGGCAAGAAGUAACGAACGAACGAGCGGAGCGAGCGUCGGCCUAUAAAUAGUGAAGGAAAGUAUGAGGUAACGCGGCAGAGCGUGUCGCGAAUUAUAAUUUAAUAUCAUCCCGGCUUGUAAUACCGUGAGUACGCUCGCGAUAAUGUCUAUGCGCGGAAAACAUACGCGAAUGUACGAAUCUCUCGAUGACUCCCCGACGAGAGAAUCGGCCGACGAACAAAAUAGACAGCGAGAGAGAAAGAGAGAG